AAUGAGUGCGACAAGAACCUACGGCGCGGUGGGAGUUUCACCCAUCUUGACUAUCACUUCUCCUGAUCAUCCACCAUCGGACGGGUAACGUUACUGUCGAUACUGUCAAUCAUGGCCGCUGUAGCGUCCACUACUACAGGAGGGUUAUCCGAGCGAAUUGGGAUCACUGGUUUGGAUGGUUGGCCAGAAAAUAAUACUGAGCGGUUCCCAGAUGACAAGGAAAAAGUGGGAUUUCUCCAGGACAGAUUCGAUGUCGGCACCCGUUUUCUCGGGGAUGGCAGGAUAGACAUCGAUAUCGAUCAGCAUAAACCGCACCUUGCGGGGCUAUUGAAACAAAUACAACACCCGGUUGUACGUUCAGACUGGGGGCCGCACCAGACAGAUCGUGCCGAACGGCUUAUCCCGAACGAUGAGGUGAAGGAAUUUCCACUGCAAUUAAACAUUGUCAUCCAGGUGAUUGGUUCUCGAGGCGACAUUCAGCCAUUUGUCGCACUAGGGAGAGAACUGAAAUCACACGGUCACCGUGUCAGAUUGGCUACGCAUUUGGCUUUCCGGGAGUUCGUUCUCCAGGGCGGUCUAGAGUUCUUCAGUAUCGGAGGAGACCCGACGGAGCUGAUGGCUUUCAUGGUGAAAAAUCCGGGUCUUCUACCAGGACUUAAGACAAUACGGAGCGGAGCCAUCCUGAGGCGUCGGCGUGAGAUGAAGGAAAUCUUCAAUGGAUGUUGGAAAUCCUGCUUUAUAAUGGGUGAUGGGACGGAUCUGCACCAAAUUAAAGAGGACCCAUGGAGUGAGGCUUUGGAUUAUCGACAACGCCCCUUUGUGGCGGAUGUCAUUAUAGCCAACCCUCCGAGCCUCGCCCAUAUUCAUUGUGCACAGCGACUGGGCAUCCCUCUCCAUGUCAUGUUUACAAUGCCCUGGUCACCAACUCAAUCCUUUCCCCACCCGUUAGCCAUUGUUCACUCGCGGAAUUACAAACCGACUGUCGCAAACUUUGUUUCCUACGGGGUCGUGGAUAUAAUGGUGUGGCAAGGUUUGGGAGAUAUUCUAAACACGCUCCGCAAAAAUACCUUAGCACUCCAACCUAUCGAUGCCAUAACCGCCCCAAGCCUGCUACACCGACUGCACGUGCCGCAUGCGUAUCUAUGGUCUCCUGCAUUGCUACCCAAGCCCCCCGAUUGGGAUGAUAAGAUCGACGUAUGUGGCUUUGGCUUCCUCCCAGCAGAGACCAGCUACACGCCGCCAAAGGAAUUAGAUGCAUUCCUCAACGCAGGGCCAAAACCGAUCUACAUCGGAUUCGGUUCUAUCGUAGUAGAUGAUCCCGUUAAACUAACGAAAAUUGUAUUUGGAGCAGUUCAAAAAACCGGACAGCGAGCUCUCGUUUCGAAAGGCUGGGGGAAUCUUGGGGCGGGCGAAGUGGAUGUGCCGGAAAAUAUUCUUAUCAUUGGCAACUGCCCCCACGACUGGCUGUUUCGACAUGUCAGCUGUGUAAUCCACCAUGGUGGUGCUGGUACCACCGCGGCGGGCCUUGCCCUAGGUCGGCCGACUAUAAUUGUCCCCUUUUUUGGAGACCAGCAAUUUUGGGGGGAGAUUGUCGCGCGAGCAGGAGCGGGGCCAUCACCAAUACCUUAUAAACGUCUGAACCUGCAGAAUCUCUCAGAUGCAAUAGGGAAGGCGCUCGAAGUGGCCACUUUAGAAAGGGCACAGGCGAUCGCGAGGAACAUGCAGGAAGAGUCUGGUGUGCGCCAUGGAGUGUAUAGUUUUUAUCGACAUCUUGAUCUCGAGUCACUCAAAUGCUCCGUAUUUCCGGGUCGGCCAGCGGCUUGGCAUCUCAAACAUACUAAGAUUAACUUAAGUGUAUUUGCGGCAGCGGUUCUGGUGCAAUCAGGCAAAAUUAGUCCACAUAAUCUCGUGCUAUACCGUCCAAUGGAAUACGAUACGUUCCGUGAUCCUGCCGGCCCACUUACUGCUAGCGCUCAGGUGCUACUUGGGGCCAUUUCAAACUUCGUGAUUGGGCUUGCAGAUGCGCCAAGAGAGGUCGUGCUUGAUAUUAUUUCUGCGGCUCGCGCAAUAGGCCAACCCCAUCAGCAUUUUGAUCGCCGAACAGCAUGUCGAGCAGUAAGUUCUUCUCUAGCUCGCUUACCCCAAGAGAACAGUUUUGAGAGCCAGGAUACACAAUUUGAACAUAAUGAGCACGAGAAUGGCGAGGUUUUGGUUAGGCUGGGUGCACAGGAAAGUACUACUGAUGGCGAUAGUGAAAGCCAGGUCAACAGCAUCGAAAAGGUUUCGAGCAUAAGACGAAAAAGAGAUCUCCAGCUCGAAAAGGCCAAGACAAUGAGCAGCUCGAUGGGUCCCUCAAAACCACCUAAAUUCAAUAUUAUACACGAGGUUGCGUUUCACGGAAGCAAAAUGUCGAAGAAGUUGUUGAAGUGCAUCAUAUGGCUACCAACGGAUGUGUCACUGAGCAUGGCCAGAGGCUUCCACAACGCACCAAAAUUGUAUAACGACCCAACGGUAAACGACAUCCCCCAGGUGAUUGGUCUUCGAAGCGGAUUCAGGGCAGCUGGAAAGGAGCUCAGAGAUGGAUUCUACUUCGGCAUCACAGGCCUAGGAACGCAGCCGCGUUAUGGUCUCAAGCAUGACGGUGUGAAAGGGCUGUUCAAGGGGAUCGGGAAAGCAGUGGGUGGAGUGAUUCUCAAGCCGACCGCGGGGCUAUGGGGUCUGGCAGGAUAUCCAUUGAGCGGGAUGCUCAGAGAUAUCAAUGACUCGCUAGGUGAAUAUCAAAAAUGCAUGAUUGCUGUGGGCCGUAUUUCGCAAGGGCUCGAAGAGGUGAGAGAGUCGUCAGUCCCAGAAAGAGCAGAGGUAUCCAGGAGGUGGAUUGAGAUUGAAAAGGACUUGAAAAAGUCGAAUAAACGAUUUAGCCGCCUGAAUUGAAAGGGUUACACCCAUGCGGCCUAAGGUGGUGCACACAAAAAC